AUGACUCUUUCCACUCAAUCAAUCUGGUUGGUGUCUUUUGCCACUACUCUUGGAAUUGACAUAAUCUAUGGGGUUGCCAUCGGUUUUGUCUACUCCAUCUUAACAGUCGUCUCAAGAAGUCAAUACGGUGGUCGAUUCCUUCUCGGAGAGGCCAACAGCACUGACCUCUAUUCCGAGGUCAAAUGCUUCGAAGAGUUAAAUGAACUGGAUGGCAUCAAGAUUAUCCGCUACGACGGUCCUGUCUACUUUGCAAACAUCGAAUCCUUCCGUAAAAGUGUCCAUCGGCUUUCUGGCGUGGAUCCGGUGAAAAUCAGACGUCAACGGAACAAACACCGAGGCAAAGUCCUCUCCAAUGUCUUUAGAACUCGCUGUGACAGUGAACUUGAGGUCACCGCAGAAGAGAAGGGAUUGAAACGGACUGAUGGUGACGAAAAUGCGAAAAAUGCCCCCAAGUGUCGAAAAUUUGAUUCAACUGACGCGGACUUGGAGGAGGAUUCGAAGAAAACUCCCGCAAAACCCACUCAUUACAUAAUUCUCGAUGCUUCUGGCUGGAUGUUCACCGACACUGUUGGUCUGCGAGGCAUCAAAGAAAUGGUGAAGAUAUUCACUGAACUAGAGAUAACAAUCUUUGUGACCUGCUUACGACAUCGACUUCAUGAAAUGUUUGCCGCUUCCGGAGUCUUUGAAGUUCUUCCCGAGAAAAACUUCUUCAUGUCAAUCCACGACGCUGUUCUUGUUGCCAAGAGAGAACUCCAUUCGGUACUUCAAGACGAAAAUCACAAUCGGGCAGCAGGCACUUCAACUGGGUCGGCAGACGAUGAACGUGGAGUGGUGGAGCGGAGUCGAAAAGAAGGCGCUCCACUAAUGGAAUGA